GACUUCUUCAAGGCCCAGGUGAGAAAGAGACCCCCUGAGUCUUGGGUGAGAGACUUCGGGGUUCUUUGGGACUAGAGCAAAUUACCCUAAAUGGAAAGAAUACUGAUGGGAAUUCCUUAUGGGAAUCCUGAAACCAUGGAUCACCUAUAUAUGCUUUGAGACAUGCUUUAGAUGUUUUUUCUGGAAGCCCUGCAAUUGCCCUAAAAAUUGAAUGUAUCAUUGAAAAGACCUAUGGCCAAUGGUGGCAGAGUCUACAUAGAACUAUGCUUCGUGGUGUUCUGGGAAAAACCUUUCGGCUUGUUGGCUAUACUAUUCAGUAUGGCUGUAUAGCUCAUUGUGCUUUUGAAUACGUUGGUGGUGUUGUCAUGUGUUCUGGACCAUCAAUGGAGCCUACAAUUCAAAAUUCAGAUAUUGUUUUUGCAGAAAAUCUUAGUCGACAUUUUUAUGGUAUCCAAAGAGGUGACAUUGUGAUUGCAAAAAGCCCAAGUGAUCCAAAAUCAAAUAUUUGUAAAAGAGUAAUUGGUUUGGAAGGAGACAAAAUUCUCAGCAAUAGUCCAUCAGUUUUCUUUAAAAGCCAUAGUUAUGUGCCAACAGGUCAUGUGUGGUUAGAAGGUGAUAAUCUACAGAAUUCUACAGAUUCCAGGUACUAUGGACCUGUUCCAUAUGGACUAAUAAGAGGACGUAUCUUCUUUAAGAUUUGGCCUCUGAGUGAUUUUGGAUUUCUACGUGACAGCCCUAAUGGCCACAGAUUCUCUGAUGAUUAGCAAGCAUUUAUUCUUUUGAUUUGAUUAUUGUCUUCUGCUAAAGUGAAUUUAUUGUCACUGAAACCAUGUACUUACUAAUAAACUAUUUGCUAUUCA